AUGAUGAAAGAGCGGGUUAAAAUUGCAGAGGGCAAGUCUAAUACAGUGGUAAUUCUACUCUCUCUGUUUUCUGAAGAAGAGGACUGGGUAAAAACGCUGAUUUGGCGUAUGAGGUUGGGCACAUUAUCCUGUGUCACUCAGCAAGGUCACGUUGUUGAUGCAUCAGAGGAAGACAGGGUUGUGGAAGAGCAGAUUACAGAUACAGGUCUGUACUGCUGCUACUUGCUGUUUAUCAACAGGUUCGUCGUCCGUCGGCGAUUGCGCGGCGAAGUGGGAUCUGACGCCUCGGGCGGUGUUCGUAAGUGCGAAGGCGAAUUGACACUGCUGUCCCGACACUCCUCGCUGCGUUUCGAGCUCCGAACGGACGGCGGUCCGCGCAAACGUCGAGCUGGCUGCGUGGCGUUACGGACUUUUCGAAUGGCAUGCGAAAUAAUCGAACAACUC